CCCUCCUUUCUUCCCAACCCCUCCUCCCUCUCUCUCUCUCUCUCUCUCUCUCUGUCUCUCGCUCUCACACUCUGUCUUGAGUUGUAGUAGAGUCUCUCGCUUUUGCUGUUUUCUUUAGCGGGUUGGUUCGUCAGAAAUUUUUAGCUGGUGAACCAGAGCCGCAUUACCGAUUUAUCUUCGGGAGGGGGGGCAAAGUGAGAUUGAUUCUCUUUUGUGUUUUAGAAGCUUGGGGGAGCAUCUCAUUCUCCGUUGAUACGCACAAAAGUGCUUCGGUUUGUCGCAGCACAUUCGCAUUUGCCUCUGUUUUCCGUUUGUUCUCUGAUACGGAGAAGAUGACGCUUGCUCUGUGUCCUCUGUUUCUCGUGCUCCUCUGGAGUCCUCUGGCUCUUGGCGGGCAUGACUAUGGCCAAGCUCUGUCCAAGAGCAUCCUCUUCUUUGAAGCUCAGAGAUCUGGUUACCUACCCAGCACGCAGAGAGUCUCGUGGAGAGCCAAUUCCGGCUUGAGCGAUGGAAAAGCGAGCGGGGUGGAUCUGGUGGGAGGGUACUACGAUGCAGGGGACAAUGUGAAGUUCGGGCUCCCCAUGGCAUUCACGGUGACAAUGAUGUCUUGGAGCAUACUGGAGUAUGGCAAGCAAAUGGCCGCGAGCGGUGAGCUGAGCCACGCCAUGGAUGCUGUCAAGUGGGGCACUGACUACUUCAUCAAGGCUCACCCUGAACCAUACGUCCUCUAUGGAGAGGUGGGAGAUGGGAACACCGACCACUACUGCUGGCAGAGGCCGGAGGACAUGACCACCGACAGGAGGGCGUACCGGAUCGACCCGAGCAACCCCGGGUCCGACCUCGCCGGGGAGACCGCCGCCGCCAUGGCCGCCGCGUCCAUGGUCUUCCACUCCUCCAACGCCGCAUACUCCGGCGAGCUCCUCCGCCACGCCGAGCAGCUGUUUGAGUUUGCGGACAAGUACAGGGGCAAAUACGACAGCAGCAUUACCGUGGCCCAGAAGUAUUAUAGAUCAGUCAGUGGGUACAAUGAUGAGUUGCUGUGGGCUGCUGCAUGGCUGUACCAAGCCACCAACAACCAGUACUAUCUCAGUUACUUGGGCAACAACGGCGACUCGCUGGGCGGAACCACUUGGGGCAUGACCGAGUUCGGCUGGGACGUCAAGUAUGCCGGUGUUCAGACACUCGUCGCCAAGUUCCUGAUGCAGGGGCAGGCUGGGCACUACUCGUCGGUCUUCGAGAAAUACCAGCAAGAGGCGGAGUACUUCAUGUGCUCGUGCCUCGGGAAGGGGUCGAGGAACGUCCAGAUGACCCCCGGUGGCCUCAUCUUCCGCCAGAGCUGGAACAAUAUGCAGUUCGUCACGAGUGCCGCGUUCCUCAUGACCGUCUAUUCCGACUACCUUUCUUCCUCAGGCAAGAGCUUGCAGUGCUCGUCCAGCAGUGUUCAACCAUCGGAACUCCUCUCCUUCGCGAAAUCUCAGGUGGACUAUAUUCUGGGAGACAACCCCAGAGCCACGAGCUACAUGGUUGGCUACGGGAACAACUACCCGAGGCAAGUCCAUCACCGGGCGGCUUCCAUCGUGUCCAUAAAGGCCGAUUCUUCCUUCGUGAGCUGCCGAGGCGGAUAUGCCACAUGGUUUAGCCGGAAAGCGAGUGACCCCAAUCUCCUCACCGGUGCUAUCGUCGGUGGCCCUGAUGCAUAUGACAACUUUGCUGAUCAAAGAGACAAUUACGAGCAAACGGAGCCUGCCACUUACAACAACGCACCGCUCCUAGGCAUAUUAGCCCGGUUGAGUGGCGGUCACGGGGGUUACAAUCAGCUCCUUCCCGUGGUUGUUCCUGCGCCAAAAGCAGUCGUGACCAAGCCAACUCCCGCUCCGGUAACAACUUCCAACCAGUUGUCCGUCGAGCAGAAGCUAACGGCUUCAUGGACCGCCAACGGAAAAACAUACUACAGAUACUCGACGGUGGUGACCAACAAGUCGGACAAGACCCUUAAAUAUGUCAACCUUUCGAUCUCCAAGCUCUAUGGUCCUCUGUGGGGACUAGCCAAAUCUGGCGACUCAUACGUGUUCCCUUCCUGGAUCCAAUCCUUACCUUCUGGGAAGAGCCUCGAGUUCGUGUACAUCCAUGCUUCGCCUCAGGCGGACGUCUCCAUUUCAAGCUACACUCUGGCAUAGGAAGAUAGUUCAAGCUUCAGAAGACAUUGCACAGUUUUUCUGGGUUCAGGGAUGUAAAGAACUGUGCAGCCAUACUUGUUGCAUACGGUCUCGGAAGUUCUCGGUUUCUUUCUUUUCGAAAA